CAGGUGGCUAGCCAGCAAAGAUCGUGGAAGAUCGCAACGGACGAGAGGAGCGAUGGAGUCCAAGCCGCUGCUGCAUGGCGGGCGCCGCCUUAGCGCAUCGCGACCGCCUAUGGCCGGUGGCAGUCGCCAUGCGCUAUGGGUAUCGUGGCUUACGCCAUUGCUCUACCUCGGCCAGGCGCGCCCGCUCGAGAUGGACGACCUCUGCUCGCUGGACCCGGCCAGCCGCGCCCAUGUCAUCGCGCUCCACUUCAAGCAGCAGUGGGGCCCCGAGAAGCGCCGCGUCCAGCCGCGCGUCUGGCUCUGCCUCCUCAAGGCGUUUGGUCGGCCCUUCUUCCUCGCUGGCUGCAUGAAGCUGCUCGCCGACGUGCUCCAGUUUGUCGUGCCCAUGGUCUUGGCCGCGCUGCUGCACUUUAUGGCGUCGAGCGCGCCGAUGGCGCAAGGCUACAUGUACGUAGGAAUCCUCUUUGGCGUUGGCCUUGCGCAGUCGGUGUUUCUGCGCCAGUACUUUUGCUACUGCGCCGAUGUCGGCCUGUACGUCAAGAGUGCGCUCGUGGCUACAACGUACGACAAGGCGCUGCACCUCGCGCUCUCGGUGCGGCAGCAGACGACGUCCGCUUCGAUCCUGCGCCUCGUCACGACCGACGUCCAGAAGCUCCACGAUGCACCGCCGUACCUCCACGCGCUGUGGUACGCGACGCUGCAGAUCUGCAUGGCCACGUACUUGCUCUACUCGCUUGUUGGCGUCGCUACCUUUGCUGGCAUCGCCAUCGCUGUCAUUAUGACGCCGCUCAGCUCCUGCCUCGUAUCGAAAGCCACGUCCGCGCACGCCAAGCUGCACACGCUCGCAGCGGCGCGCCAGCACACGUGCGACGAGACCCUGCGCGGUCUCAAGAUGAUCAAGAUGCAGACGUGGGAAGAGCACUGCCUCGCGCGCCUCACGACGCUGCGCGAAGCCGAGCUGACGCAAAUGGCGCUCGUCGGCCGGCUCCGCAGUCUCUCGACCACGCUGUUUGACGCGACGCCGCUUCUCAUGGCAAUGGCCGUGCUUGGUGUCCACGUCUACCUCACGGGCGCAGCGCUGGAUUUGGCGACCGUCCUUCCGUGCUUGCUGCUUCUCCAGAUGCUUCGAACGCCAAUUGCGCUCUUGCCGCAGGUCUUCUCGACGCUCUCGGAGGCGUCGGCGAGCUUGCGUCGCAUCACGGCUUUUCUCAUCGAGGUCGACCAGCGACGGCUCACGGUCGGAACGCUGAGUGCGAUCGGUGUCCGCUUUGAAGACGCCGAUUUGAGCUGGCAGCUGCCGUCGCCGGAUGCGUCCGAAGCAUCCUUCUCGUCGGCGUCGAAUGGCCUCUGGCAGAUGCGGGGCAUCGACCUCUACGUCCGUGCUGGCGAGCUCUGCGCGAUUCUUGGCCCGCGCAACAGUGGCAAGUCGACGCUGCUCAACGCACUCCUCAACGAAGUCCACUGCACGUCGGGCCGCGUCAUGGCCCGCGGUGCGUUUGCCUACGUGGCGCAGAAGCCAUUUCUACGGCACACCAGUAUCAAGGAGAACGUACUCUUUGGCAAGCCGUGGGAAGCGUCGUGGUACGCUUGCGUCAUGGACGUCACGGGGUUGACGUCGCUCGUGCUCGACAACAGCGCGCUCUUUCCCGACCAUGACGAGACCAACAUGGACAGCAUUCCGGCGUCGGUCGAUCCAAGUCUGCACGUCCGCAUCGCACUGGCCCGCGCCGUGUACCAAAACGCCGACGUCUACCUUUUAGAUGACAUUUUCGCGUCCAUGGAUACUGCGACACGCGACUACAUCUUUGGUCGCUGCCUCCGCGGUCUUCUCCGGCGCAAGUGCAUUCUCUGGGUCACCGAUGCCUUGGCGUUUGUCCCGCUCUGCGACUCGGUUGUCCUGCUCGAGGACGGCGUCGUCGUCGAGCAAGGCUCGAUCACGACCGUCCUCUCGGACGACGGACCGAUCCACGACCUGCUGCAGGCGCACGCGCCACUGGAGGAUGCAACAACGAGAUUGGAAGCCGCGCCAACAGGACAAGAUUUCGUGUCGCCCGACCCAACGCCACUGCUACCGACGCUCACGGACGCUGUCGCGAGUCUCACAAAACACUCGGGCGUCUACAAGCGGUACGUGCAAGCGUGUGGCGGCUAUGGCCUCGCGGCCACAACUCUAGUUUGGUAUCUGAGCGCCCAAGCCACCACAGUCCUUGCUACCCUGUACCUCGGCUUUGACGACUCGCUCCUCGGUCUCUACGUCUUUGCAACGGGGCAUGCGCUGUACAUUGGGCUGCUUUACAUGCGGUCGGCCAUCUCGUACCGUCGAGGGCGCGUCGGCAGCCAGCGCCUCUUCCACACUGCGCUGUGGCGCCUUCUCCGCGCGCCGCUGAGCUUUUUCGAGACAUCGCCGGUCUCGGCACUCAUCUCAACGCUGGCGUCCGACAUGGCAAUCGUCGACCUCGAGGUUCCGUCGACCAUGCACAUGCUGCUGCACACGCUUUUGUUUAUCGCAACGAGCAUUGGUCUGGUGGUGCUCGUGGCGCCGUGGUUCGCACUGGCCGUGCUUCCAGCAAUGGCGUCGCUCUAUGCACUGCAGCGAGCGUACGUCCCUUCGGCCAACGGUCUCCAGCGACUCGAAGCUGCGACGCGCGAGGCCAUGACGGCGUACGUCCGCGAGUGUCUUCUCGGUCUCCGGUCGCUCCACGCCUACCGCAUCGAGAGCCACUGCAGCGCCAACUACUACGCGCUCCUCGACGCACAUCAGCGCGUGCACAUGGUGGUGACGGCGACCAACCACUGGCUCGCGGUCCGGGUCGAGUGGCUUGGCGCGACGCUGAGUGCGCUGGCCGCCGCUCUUGUCGUCUAUUCGAAAGCAUCCGAUAUGGCUCCCUUGCCGCUGGUGGCGAUGGCGCUCUACUACGCCCUGCAGCUGCCACCGACGCUGCAUUGGGCUCUGCGCGUUCUGGCUCAAGUCCAAGCCUCCCACGCUUCGCUGCAGCGGCUUGAGAGUUGCGACAACCUCCCGAUGGAAGCGCCGCUGACAAGCGACCUCUUGCCUCGUAUUCUCGAGAACGAGAAGCGCGGUCGGCUGACGUUUGAAAACGUUCAAGUGCGCUACCAGCCCCAUCAGGCGCCGGCACUCACACACCUCUCGUUUGACGUCGCCGCCCACGAGAAGAUUAGCGUGGUGGGCGCAUCGGGGUCGGGCAAAAGCAGCCUCGUGAUCGCACUUCUGCGUCUACUUGAGCUCGACGCCGGCGUCAUUCGCGUCGAUGGCGUCGACAUCGCAUCGAUGGGGCUCCACGACGCCCGCCGCCAAGUCGCGUACAUUCCCCAAGACCCAAUCCUCUUUUCAGGUUCCGUGCGGAGCAACUUGGAUCCGUUUGGCGUCUUUGGCGACGACCGGCUCUGGGCGGCGCUGCGCCGUGCGCAGCUCGUGAGCAUGGUUGGGUCUCUGGACGAACCCGUGACGGAGCGCGGCCGCAACUUUACGGUUAUCGAGCGACAGCUGCUCUGCUGCGCGCGCAUUUGGCUCAAAAACGCUGCGAUCGUGUGUCUGGACGAGCCCGCGGCUGCGUCCUGGGCGACACCGAAAGACUAUGCUCUCCAAGAGGCGGUGCGGGCCGAGUGCGCCGAUCGCACAGUGCUCACAGUGACCCAUCGGCUCAACACGAUCUUGACGUCGGACCGCGUCCUCGUCUUGGAGCACGGACGAAUGGCAGCGUUGGGGACACCCGCCGAAGUGCUGGCGGCGCCGUGUGCGACCAUGGCAACGCUCCUCGAGCAGUGGCGCGCGGCGCAGCCGAUGACAUAGUGUGCAUACUGUCGAUAGUAUUCCAUUAUCAUUCAUCUACCUACUAACAUGUAAAAAUCGAUCUCA